AUGUUAUUGCUGCGACUGUUAAUCGCGGCUUGCUUCACUCCACUGGCGAGAAGUACAGGUACUUGCUUGCCGAAUGCCAUUCAUCCUAAUCAGAGGAAGAAUCUGACCAAUCCAGAUGGCGAAUCAUUUCCACUGAACGUGCUGCUUCACACGUGGCCAUCUGCUUUGCUGACCAGCGCAGUGUACGAGACUCUGCUUCAAGAGGUCAUGGGUUACGCCGUGGCGAUUAAUCCUGAGAGAGCUUCCUUGACCACAGAAUCUUACUAUGCACUCAUCGGUUGCACAGAUUUCUUGAGUCCAUCAGCAGACAAGGGCUGUGCGACUCGUUCUCAUAGGAUUCACAUGGUGGUGGACAGCUGGUGGGCUGGCUUUGCGUCCGCCUAUGAUGUCCUGAAGGCAACUUUCGGGUCGGACACCUUUCCAAUCACGCAGGGCGACAUGGGCUACUCAGGUCAGUCUGCUUUGUACUUUCGCUCUGCUCAGCAAGAGGCUGCCAUGCGGGAAGAUGGCGUUGCGAUGGAAUAUUUCCGAAGCUGGAACGCCACCUGGCACAGCCCGACAUCCUACUUUGACAACAUUGAGUCCGUGAACAAGUCGCAGUUGGGUCGUUGCAACAGCACAGGUCAGUUUAAUGUGGAUCAGCUCUGGCGAGACUACCUUGCUUUCAGUGGAGACCUUGAUGGCGUUGUGAACACCAGCGGCAAGUUCUCUGCGAUGUGUGAGGAUGGCUUUUGGUGGAAGGGCCCUGCUUGCCGCAAUUCUGAUGAGACCUGCGUGCCAUGUUUCCUGGACGAAGCCACACAGGGACUGCACGAGGUGGUUGUGAAGAUUGCUGCUUUCAACAUGCCAAUGGCUGUCGCCGCUACUUUGGGAUAUGCUUAUGUGACCUACCCUCGCAUCUACAAGUCCGUGUUUUUCUGGUUCCAGCCAGAUGCGACCUUCUUGGACACGAACCCUGUGAAGAUGAUUUUUCCACCUUUCAGCCAGCAAGAGUGGGCUGUUGGGGAUUUGUCCAGUGAAGCAGCAUCCUUGCCUUUGAAAAAGGUGGUGAAUUUUCAGUUGCCCUCUCUGGCCCCUGACCUGAUCAAGUUCCUGGAAGAGAGCACCUUCGAGUUGCAGAAUGUGAAAGACAUGAUGACGGACUUGUUGGCGAAUCCAAGUGAUUCGCGGCAUGACGUGGCAUGUCGUUGGCUGAGGACAAACGAAGCCACAUGGGGGCGCUGGAUUCCAGACCAGAGCAGUUGCUCUCCCGGCCAAGGCAUGUUCCACGAAUUGCAGAACGAAUAUGUGGACUCAAGGUCAGCAAACGUCUCCAUGAUCCAGUGCAGACCGUGUCAAGCUGGUAGAUUUUCCAAGCGGCUUUUGGAUGCACAGGGCCUUACCCAUGUCUGCGAAGACUGUCCGGCUGGGAAGAGCUUAACAGUUGCAGGUGCUACAGCAUGCGAGCCGUGUGCGCGAGGCAAGUUUAAGAACCAGACUGGCACUGAAGACUGUGGCUUCUGCCUUCAAGGCUUUUACCAAGACGAACAAGGCGCAGCAGAGUGCAAGGAGUGUCCCAAUGGCACCAGCACUUUGGUAUUGGGCUCACCUUCUGCAUCUAAUUGUGGCUGCGCAAGUGGCAGCAUCGACACCUCUGAGGGCCAAACAAUUUGUACUCUAUGUCCUGAGGGUCUUAAUUGUCCCUUCAUGUCCGCCCUGUCAACUCUCGCUGGCGCUUCUCCGCAGCCUGGCAUAGAUUCGCCGACAGUGCAGGAGGGCUAUUUCAGCACUGCCGAGGAACCGUUGGCAAUGUACAAGUGUGGGAUGGCAGCGCAUUGUCCUGGAGGGAAGCCAGACUCCUGUGGCGCGGGAUUGGUUGGCAUUCCUUGCGGCGAUUGCGAAGCAAAUAUGUACUGGAGUGCCGGGGCAUGUGUUCAAUGCUCUGACUGGGCUGCUGGAAUGUGGGUAAUGUCCUUCGUGAUGAUUUGCAUUGGCCUCAUCGCUGCCUACUACCUGAUGAACUCCCCAGUCACUGGCAAGGCCACGACCUUGAUGACCACAACCGCGUCCUUUGGGAUGAUGGUGAACAUGAUGCAAAGUGUAGGCUUGAUUGGAAUGAUGAGCAUCAGCUGGCCAGUGGAGAUGCAAGGGCUCAUGGCUUUUGCCAGAUUCUUUGCUUUUGAUCUCGAUGGCUUGGCAUUCGCCUGCAUGGCAGGCAGCCAACCGGUGGGGCGCUACAUAGCCUCGGUACUCUUCUUUCCUUUCGGGGUGUCUUGGCUCUACACAUGUGGCUGCAUCUCAUGGAUGACGAAGGCAAGGCAGUGGGCACCCGCCAAGCUUUACAGCACCAUGGGUCAAUUCUUCCAAGUUGGCUUCAGCACAAUGAGUGGUAUGGCAAUGCGACCCUACAUUUGCUAUGACCACCCCAAUGGGCAGAGGAGUGUUUCAAGCUACCCGAACAUUUUUUGUGGUUCUGAUGAACACACAGCCAUGGUCAUUGCGGGAUCAUUGCUCUUAGCCAUUGGUGUCAUCGGCUUUUGGGUGGUUUGCCUGUAUGCCGCAAUCUCUAUUCCGCGCUGGAGCUGCAUAGGCGAUACCAAGUUGGUGCAAUCAGCCCGCUUCCUUGUCUUCCGAUUUCGCCUGGAUGUCUGGUGGUAUGGCGUCCCCUUGCUUCUACGCGGUCCACUACUGGCACUGUGUGUUGUGCUGUGGCCGAACACUCCGGCGUUUCAAGUGCUGUCAGCAGGCAUCAUUCUCCUCAUUUACGUCUCUGUGGAGAUGAGAGCAUGGCCCUGGAAGUCACCCCUUCUCAAUGUGAUUGAUUACCUUGUCUCUACAGUGCUGACGGUUCUCUUGUUCACAACAGCCUUUUCAGUCCCUGAUGUCAGUUCCGAAGCAAGCGGCUUCCUGCGAGGCUUCAUGACGGCGUGCAUGGGCUCCCUGUUCGGAGUCGUAGGACUGAUGUGUGCCCUGACAUCGUCGGCAUUGGUGUAUCGUGCUGGCAUGGGCAGCAGGAACGAACUGAGCAUCCUAACCCUUGGAAAGGUGCCAGCUUCGACUGAUUUGGCCAAUAGCCUCUUGAAGCUGAGCGGAGAUUCAGAGUUGUUAGAGAAGGAGCCCUUGAUCAAAAAGUUGGAUGCGAUGGGCGUCUAUGACUUGCGCUUGUUGCAACAGUGCCUGGACCUCAUUUCUUCGGAGAUCCAGUCGCUAGAACGGACUACGUCAGCCCGGGUCAAGGCAUCUGCAUUCACAGCUCCAGCAGUGAGAGCUACCACCUCCUCUAGGGACAGCUCCAUUUCCAGGAAAACUCAGACCAGGCACACCGAGAAGGAGAUGUCCGACAUGCCGGCAAUCAAUUCCACCGCAGAACCUGAAGAGCCUGAAAUCCCUGUGCGUGCCUCAGACCAUGACCAGGAUGUUCAGACAGCUAUAGUUUGA